AUGCCUCGCAUUAUGACUCGAAACAAUAUGAUGCUUGCUCACAGCAAGCCCAGCAUGAGCGGUCGCCGAAGCAGUGGCACUGGAAGCUGGAACAGCUACAAGGGAUCGGCAGCAUCAGCGAGAAACGGCUCCCUCGACACGAGCGGUCGUCGACAGUCUUUGGAUACAAGUGAGCGUCGACAGUCUUUGGAUGCAAGUGAGCAACGACAGUCUUUGGAUGCAAGCUCACGAAGUCAAGUUGAGUCUCUUCGCGUCCCAUCCACUUCAACCGCAGAUGAUGCCACUGAUGACUGGGGAUUUUUUGUCGACUUUGCUGGCGGCAACGAUGAGAGCCCCGCGGAGCGCAACUUUCUCAAUGGCUUCAAUCCAAUUCAUCGCUCCAGCAAGCUUCAGACCAUUUCCGAUUCUGGGUUUUAG